GUAGAUAAUACCGAGCAUUGAUUUCAAGAUAGGGUCAAGGUGCCAGGGAUUUUCGUGGUGAUAUUGCCCAUCAGACAGUGUCAGGAAUUAAUCAAUGGGAGAGUAUCUGAUGGGAUGGAGAUGCUUAAGAAGAACUGCUUGUGUACGAUAUUCCUACCAUUCCUCAUAAUUUUUUGCUGUUUUCCGCCAGGUACGGAACAAGGGUAUCACCAAAGACGUCUUUUGGACGAAAUAUUUAAAAAUAGGUCAUAUAACCUUCUUGAAAGACCAGUGAAAAAUGAAAGUGAAGCCUUAGAAGUGACAUUUGGAUUAACAUUACAGCAAAUAAUAGACGUGGAUGAAAAGAAUCAAGUUAUCAACACCAACAUUUGGUUGAACCUGUACUGGCAUGACUAUACGCUGACCUGGAAUUCAUCAGAGUAUGGCGGAAUAACGUCCAUCAGACUGCCAGCUAAAUACUUGUGGAAACCAGAUGUUCUUUUGUACAACAGUGCGGACGAAAAAUUUGACGGCACGUUUCCUACCAAUGUCGUAAUCUACAGUAACGGUUUAUGUCAGUGGGUCCCGCCUGGCAUGUUCAAAAGCACGUGCAAAAUUGACAUCACGUGGUUUCCUUUUGAUGACCAAUUGUGUAAGAUGAAAUUUGGUUCAUGGACACACGAUGGAACCCAAAUAAAUCUCUUAUUGGAGAAACCGGAAGGAGAUACAUCAUCGUUUAUUCCCAACGGGGAGUGGAACCUUAUUGGCGUGCCGGGGAAACGGAAUGUCCUUCUGUAUGAUUGUUGUCCAGAUAAUCCGUACAUCGAUGUUACUUACACCAUCCAUAUUCGUCGGCGAACGUUGUACUAUGGGUUCAACCUCAUCUUGCCAUGUGUCCUGUUGUCCGCAAUGUCACUUUUUAUAUUUCUUUUACCACCCGAUGCUGGUGAAAAGAUCUCACUAGGUGUCACCAUGCUGCUUUCUUUGUUUGUGUUCUUACUGUUGGUGGCAGAAACCAUGCCGCCUACGUCUGAUGCAGUCCCAUUGAUAGGCAUGUAUUUUGGCUGCAUCAUGAUCGUCUGCUCGUUAUCUGUGGUAUUCACUGUGCUGGUACUUAAUUACCACUUCCGUUCUCCUGACACCCACGUGAUGCCUAGAUGGGUAAAAGUUGGAAUCUGUGAAUGGCUGGCAUGGAUUCUUCGAAUGACCAGGCCGGACAGAGAGCUGACCAGAGCAGCGAUUAUCAGAAGAAGCAAUAUGCGGGAAUUGGAGAUGAAAGAGCGUGCUUCCAAAAGUUUGUUGGUGAACGUUUUAGACAUGGAUGACGAUCACAUCAGAUCUCCCAAAACCAAUGGAACUCCAUUCAGAAUAAAAGUUGACAAUGAUAUCAGAUUCUCACCAACACAUCAUUCUAACCCCCAUGCCUGUGCCACUAAAAUAGAACUGCGCAAUAUACAUAGGGAGCUCAAACACAUAUCAGACAAAUUGAAAAAGAAAGAGCAAGCUGCAGAAGUACGUAGCGAGUGGAUGUUUGCCGCCCGCGUCAUCGACAGACUAUGUAUUUGGCUCUUUACCAUAUUUACUGUGACAUCAACGUGUGUUAUCAUUUUCUCUGCUCCUCACCUGUUUGACUGACGGUGAGGUGUUUUUCAGUGGUCUUAAGAGGUAUUGUUGAAAUCGGUAUCAGAAAUUCAACCAAAGGACCGACAAUAGUGGUCGUUGUCGUUGACAUGUUACAAGCCCCAAUAUGCGUAUGGUGCGGUCACACAAGAAAGAUACGAUUUUCAGUUAGGAAAAAAAAGUAGCGCAGUCCAUCUUGAAUAGCAGAUGCACAUUACAUCUGGAAAAUAACCUUAGUGCCGAAGUGCUAGAAUUGUUUGGCGUUAAGUUACACCUAGAGGUGAACGUUUAUAAAGAAGCAAAAGUACUAAAAGUUCGCUUGACUCUCCAGAUACGUUGACUAGAAAGAUGGAAUGCUCUCAGUAUGCAGUUUUUAAUUUAGUAUCUAAGAUAAAAAACCCAGCUUAACUGUAAGUCAGAUAUUGGAGUGAACUAUUUCAAUAUUAAGCUGUUGACUGAAGAAAAAAUCACUUCAUCCUUCCAAGUUAAAUACUGUAUAAUCGACAAUUCAUAUAAAGUUAUCAUGCGAAUACCGCUUUUGCACUGACUGUAUUGUUUUGUCGUCUAUGGAAUCGGUGUAUAAGUAACAAGGCAACAGCCUGUACAAAAGACAAUGAAGAAAAGUCGAUCUUGACACGGACUCUGUUACCACCACUGCGUACUGCAUCCGGUGGAUCCGGGCUAUCUAGGGGGGAGGAUGGGAUGCUCCCAUUCUUCAAAGUAUGUCUUUCUUCUCUUUUGCUAAAAGUUAAAGUUUGUGUCAUUUUGGAAAAGGGGUAUGGGACGGCUUUCCCUUGUUACGCCUAUAAUACAUUAUAUUUUUGCUCAACCUAAUGACUGUAUUCAUAGACUGCAGUUGAUGCCAACCGUGUUUGGGUCGGUAGGGACGAUAACUUUUUAGGUAUAAAUGUAACUAUGGAGCUUAUAUCACCGGCGACCAUUGCAUAUGAUGAUAUUCAAUAUUACUGAGCAUUGGUGCUACUAAAUGGAAAAUGUAUAUUUAUUACCUUGUGAAUAUUUAGUGCCCCAAAUUUGAUGUAUUCAACGACAACCCAGAUGUUACAUUCACUUCAAAUGUCGUGAAAUGUAUCAAUCGUCUAGCCAAUUUACUUUGCUAUUUUUAUAUUCGGACAAAAUGCAGUUAUGUUUUCUCUGUAUGUGUAUGUCUAAUCAUUUAUAUAUGGAAUAUUUGCGAUUGUCUGUGAAUAUCUACUCUACAAAAGGGACAUUUAUUUUAUAUAUUCAUGUAAUA